AUGUCGGCAGUCGGAUCUCUGAUUUUUUGCACGGAUUGCGGCAAUCUCAUGGACACUCAGCUCAACGCCAGCAAAGAUCUCGAGUGUGAUCAAUGUGAUGCUUCUUUCCCUUCAGCUAACACCACCAACCUCACAGUCGUGACCAAGUCCGCCCCCGACGCAUUCCCCUCGGCCCUGCGGUCCAAACGAUCCGUCGUCAAGACCUCUCUGGCCGCUGGAGAAGCCGACGAGGGAGCCAUCAUCAAGGAAAAGUGUCCUCAGUGUGGCCACGACGAGAUGCAGUACCAUACUCUGCAGCUGCGAUCUGCCGAUGAAGGUGCCACCGUCUUCUACACCUGUACCAAGUGUCACUACAAGUUCCGAACCAAUAAUUAG